AUGCCAAGAGCUGGGAUCAAGUUCGUCAUUCGGAUGAUCCCACUCAACGAUGACCUCUGCAUUGGCCCUGUGGAUGCGUUGUCGUGGCAGUAUGACGUGGCAGAUUUGACAACGUGGAGGAUGACGCAAUUAAGAACCAGCGCAGGAGUUCUUCGGGGUACGUUUGUAGCCGUCAUCAAGCCUAGCAGCCUGGGUGGAUCUGAGAGCAGCUGCAUUUCAAAGUGCGUGGGCCGCAACAUCGAAGCUACCGGGAUUGUGAGCAAAGCCCUCUUCAACGCUGCCGCCAAGAGAGUGAACAUUCCAACAAGUAUAAAUGUGCCAGUCGUGGUUUCGGAUGGUGUGCAAGGAGAGAGCGUCGGUGAUCUAGGACGAGCUCUUCCGGACGAGGACUUCCACCAGGCGGUGGUGCUCGUCUUUGCCAACAAGCAGGAUGCUAUGGCUCCCGCGGUGCAUCCAGCAAGCAAAGAGGGAAACAAGUUAACUCGGAAAAGCCAGUUUGUGGAUUCAAAAUCCGUGCUUCGCUCGAAGAACAACGUGAAUUUCAGGGGGUAACCAACAAAGACGACGAGUAUCCUUGUUGUCCGGGGGAACUACGCAAGCGCCAUCCGGCCAUCCCCUACAGGGAUGGAGUAGAGGAAAUCAGACGUGCGCUCCAUCGCUUGCACUUACUGCCUUAGCCGCGAAAUGAGACACCGCCAUAGCAAACCCUAUGCCGAAGUUCCUCCUUUCUUUUAAUAAGAUCGUGCUUGGCUAA